CCUGCUAUCUCAAAGAGCCAGGGGCAGACGGACCAUUUAAACAACCUUGUAGGUACACUGCGCAUAUCUGUGCUCCUCUCAGCAGCUCCUCAGCACGGGCACCUUCACGUCUCCAUCCGGCAAGGACGGGUCAGGAGGAGACUACAUCCUGGUGCUCAAACGAUGCUCCCAUAGACGACACAGUAACAUUUUCUAUAUUGCACCGUCAUGAUAGAAGAGGGACCGGAGCCAGAGGCGUCUCUCUGGCGUUUUUUGGAUCAUACUGGAUCGGCUGACCAGACAGCUGAUUUUUUAUUUAAAUAAAAAAAGACUUUAAAAAAAUCACUUCUAGUUCAACCCUACCGAUCAAAAGAAGAACUGCGUGGCCGGCGGCAGGAGGAGGCAGGAGAGAAAAACUGACACGUGGAUUACUCCUCCUAGGGCAUCAGGAAAAACAGACUCCCUCCUCUUGCUCAGUUCCGCGACCGUCGCCUGUGUUCCCGUCAGUCCAGUCUUACAGGUUAUGGACUAUAGUUACACGUAGAGAUAUGAUUGCGCACAUACUUUAUCCCAAGGUCUGAUCUUUCUUUUACUUUUUUUGUCUGGCUGAUCGACCGGAAAGAGAUCGAAAGUUAACAGCCGACGCGGUUGAAAAGGGGGCUUCUGUUAACUCGCUGUUGAAUGGCAGUUAUUCAAAAAUAUGGCAAGAACUAUAAUCCAGAUUUGGUCUGUCACAAGGAAAACCAUCCGUCUGACAAGAUCGGAGCUCCUGGAUGUCACAAGAAGUGGCCUGAACACAACACCAACUGGACAAGGCCAGUGGCGAGGGUAUGGACAGUUGUGCUGCUGCUCGGGACAUGCCUCCUCUACUGCGCCCGCGUGGCAAUGCCCAUCUGUGCCGUCAGCAUGGCAGAGCAGUUCAACUGGAGCAAAAGGGAGACUGGCAUGGUGCUGGGCAGUUUCUUCUGGGGCUACUGCUUCACCCAAGUGCUCGGAGGCUACGUCAGUGACCGGGUGGGAGGUGAGAAGGUCCUCCUGCUGUCUGCAGCAGCCUGGGGGUCGAUGACGGCCUUCACGCCUAUCCUGGCCCACUUCUGCUCCCAGCCAAUCCUCUCCAUGACACUGGCCCGCUUCCUCAUGGGCUUGUUGCAAGGAGUUCAUUACCCUUCUCUGGCGAGCCUGUGCUCUCAAAAGGUGGUGGAAAGCGAGAGAGGCUUCCUCAUGAGCACUGUGGGUAGUGGUUCCUACCUGGGCACGCUGGUGAUUGGAGGGGCUGGCUCCCUCAUGUUGGACCUGUAUGGCUGGCAGAGUGUUUUCUACGUGUCAGGUCUCCUCUCAGUCCUAUGGGCCUACUGCAUGUGGAAAUAUCUGCUCAAAGGAGAAGGGCCUAUCAUCACCCUGGAGUCCCUGGGAAGCGGUGGGCCCCAGUCCAAACUGUCCAAAAGACAUUGGUUACGGCUCCUCAAACAACCUGCAGUCUGUGCCGUGAUUGUCACGCACCUUUGCACAGCGAGCACCUUCUUCACUCUUUUGUCAUGGCUGCCAACAUUCUUCAAAGACACUUUCCCAGAUGCCAAGGGUUGGGUGUUCAAUGUCAUUCCGUGGUUGGUGGCCAUACCCUCAUCCCUCUUCAGUGGCUGCUUAUCUGACCACCUCAUCAGUCAAGGCUUCGAUACAGCCUCUGUGAGGAAGUUGAUGCAGUUUUUCUCCAUGGGUGUUUCCAGCGUGUUCACCCUUCUUCUGUGUAGCAACAACACAUUCCCCUGGGCUGUAGCGUUUGUUUCUGCCACCAUGGGCCUCACCACCUUCAGUCACAGUGGCGUAUCUGUAAAUGUUCAAGAUCUUGCUCCUUCCUGUGCUGGAGCAUUAUUUGGUGUUAUGAAUACAUGUGGUGCUUUCUUAGGGGUCCUACUGGUAUAUUUCUCGGGGUAUCUGAUCGAGGCCACAGGCUCUUGGACAUCUGUGUUUGCUCUUAUCACCACAGUCAACCUGCUGGGCCUCUGCACCUUCCUGGCCUUCGCUGAGGCCCGCCGGGUCGACAUUGACUCUAGUAAGGUGCGCCACCACAACAUCCACAUCUAAAUCCGCAGCCACCAGAAGGACUAGCAUGCUAACCCCUCAAGGGAGAUACAACUUUGGGCAACCAGCAGCUAGGACAUUACCCACAUUGGAACCAAUGGAUGGCACAUGGAUAAAGCCCACAUGUAAGAUCUGGGACACUUUGAUCAGCACUCCGUCUGAGUGAGGAAGAACUGCAGCUGUUACUGAAAAGCACACAGCAGAGUCUGCACACUGUUACUGAAAAAUCUUGUGGAGCUCAAGCCUCAAAUCCUAGAAAAACACAGCUGUGUUAGAGGAUGCUCCGUCAGUUCAGGGUAGAACCGGAAAGCAAAGAGUCUACACUACCUCCAGGUCCCAGCUUGUGCAGCACGUGGUGGAAAAACAGUCGCCAGGCCACUGUUAAUGCGCGAUAUUUGUUACAGAAUGUCUUAUUUGGAAUGAGGUGGAAAUUCACGUGUUUUCAUAGAGUGAUGGAUGUGUUAGUCUCAGGAGCUCUCUGACAGAUGUGACGGACCGAGGUGGUGUGUUCUUACCCUGCAGGGGUGGGGGAGGGGAGGUGGCAUGAGCACACGUGGGUGACGUCGGGGAGAGUCCAGCCUCGCCUACCUGAAGUCUUUUAUUAGCACGCCCCACACACCCAUCACUGUCUGAGUGACACCUCAUUACCCAGCCACUAAUUACUUGGCAGGCACUUUAAUGUCCUGUAUGAUCUACCUUCGAUAGUCCCCCGUCUCCAUGGUUACAAGCUCGUCAUAUUGUUACAGUCUGAGGGGGUGAAAGGGGUCAUGGGGAGUUGUAAGGCUUUGACGGAGUGCAUUCUCCCUGUUUGUUGUCUCAAAGACUAUUCUUUGAGUAGAAAGACCAAAGGUAAAUUAAUUAUUUUUUUCUUUCUAUGUGGUUGCAUGUAAUAGAAAUACCUCACUUAAUUAUUUGGAGUACUUAUAUAUUUAUAUGGUUUUAUGUUGGUUUUUUUCUUGUUGUCAAUUUCAAAAUAACUUUGGAAAAGAAAUAUAUCCAGCUAGGUGACAGGAAAAAUGAAUAGAUUGGGUAAUAUGAAAGAAAAUCAUAGUAAGUUAUCAACAGUUUGAUGCAGUAUGAAUAACCGUAAAGGGAAACUUUGGUAUUUUUCAACCUGAACACUAUUUUUCCAUAGUUUUGUGUUUGUGGGAGGAAUGGAGUACAUUAAAGAAAAAAGUAACGCCUGCACACCACAUUUCAAUCCUACUUGGAUCUUCGUCAGGUCAAAAUGUUUAAAGAGACACCCAUGUUUGUAUAUAAUGCACACCAACCGGUUAACAAGCUCUGUGGUUGCAGGUGUGAUUAACCAUCUAAACCACUCAGGGUGGGAAAACAAAUGACAAUCAACAACCUAGUAAAUUACAUAGAGAAUACACGAAAAAGUACAUAGGGAAAAAAACAGCAGUAUUGUGAAGGCCGUACUACAAAAUUUCAGACAAAUAUCUCAAUUAACAAAACAUCAUAUCAAAAUUCAUCAUCAGUCUACAACACCAGCGUUCAACAUUGUAUGAUAUUAAGUUUGGGGCAGGACACUUGUAACAGACAUUAUGUGACUAAUGGACACAACAGUUUUUGAAAUCGGUCCAAUAUUGAGAGAUCUGCAGGUCACUGCAUAAAUAGGCUGUUAUAUAGCCUUCUAUAUAGCCUAGCUCAGUGGCAAAAGCCAGCACUUUUAGUGGUCAUAAAUCAUCACUGCUUAUUUGCCUAUAGGGAUUACAUUGCCUGCUUCGCUGCUGUGGCUUUCCUAAUUCUGGACCAGUUUCAAAAAUUGUUGUCUCCAUUAGUCAAUAAGACACAAAAACAUGGGAAAAAGAGAGGCCAGGUUAAAAAAAACUAUAGUUUCCCUUUAAUAGACUCUUGUGCAAGUCCAGUUUCCUCUCUUAUUCUUUUCUGGCCUGCACUUUGGUCCUCAUUAUCAAUUUGGUGAAAAGUGGAUCUCCAGCUUUUUUGGCAUUUAAAGAUCCAUCCACCUUUCUUGUCGCACUUGUAUGAAAUUAUGUCAGUAUUUGGAAAAAAGAUAGCACAGGAGAGAUCUGGUUCACAUGUCAUGAUGGUGUCAGAGGUAGAGUCUCUCCAUUCUGUCUCAUUUAGAGAAAUUUAAUUGUCUUUGUCACUGACAUGAUGAAUGUUGCAUUGGUGGGUGAUAGGAUUAGAAAUCCGGAGAACAUUGGGUGUAUCGAUAUUACUGCAAAGUAUGUAGCAACAUAAAGCGAGCUGCAUAGCUCUGGCUGAAUGUUGAAGAGAUUGUAGCAUUUAGCUUUUCACAGCACAGUCUUAGGAUUUCAUUUUCAAACUAGAUACUUACCUGACACUUGUACCUUUAAAUCUAUGCAUUUAUUAUUUUGUGCCUAGUUAAGCAAUGAGAGAGAUUUUCUCACUGUGGUCGCACAGUGUCAUUUAUGGAUUAUUGUACAUCGCUACAUUUUUGCCUUUUUUGUUGGAGUUGUGUUGCUUCUAUGGGAUAUUUUGUUACUCACAUACAAAGGUAUAUGCGUCUCUUGGAUGUUUUCUAUAAACAUUUGAAAAUGUAUCCUUUGGCUGAAUAUUUUGUUGGUAUAGAUUCUGUUUCUGAAAUGGCCAAUAUGUGUCUAACGGGUUGGUCAGUCGUUGCAAACAUGUGGGUAUAAGAAGUGAAUGAGAUUUAUUCAAACCUUUGUUCUCUGUCAGUGUAGGGCCGGGUGAUAUGGAGAGAAAUUAAAUCACAAUAUAUAUGACCAAAUACGUUGAUGUCAAUAUUGAAACAGUAUUGUCGGUUUGACUAUAGGUGCUUUCACGUGAUAUUUAGAAAAUGAGGUUUUUUAUAAAUAACAAUAACAACAAUCAGUAUUGUGGAUAUAAUGACAAAGUGGGUAAAGCCAAAUGAUUGAACAGUAAGUUUGGAAAAUCACAUCAUUUUACUGUAAUACCGCCUUAAAAAGACAACAAGAUAUUACAAAAUCCAAAAUCUAACAUGAUAUCCAGUCUCAUAUCACCAUAUAAUUUUAAUACUGAUAAAUUCCCAGCCCUAUUUAUAAGUAAAGAUACUAUUUAGAAUUAUUUAUUUUUAUAUCGGAUCUGAUAUCGGAUCUGAUAUCUGCGAGUAAUGUUGCUUUAAUUCACCUUCUACACUUUGUUUUGUGGUGAUCAUACACAAAAUGUAUGCCUAGACCUUUCAGAUACACAACAUAUUUACAUGAAUGUUCAACCAUCAACUUUUUUUUUAAACCAAACGCGGCACCUUCCUCAGAUGUUUUACACGCCUUAGCAGAUGCAUUCUUUACAGCUGCCUUCACUGCUUGCCCCUUUUUUUCCCGUUACUGUGUUGACAUCCUGCAAUAUGUAAACAUUUACAUGAGAAAUAACUGGAGUUUGUUCACCAACAUAUCUCACUGUCAGGUCCUGAAAGCUUUCUGACAAAUCUUUUUUGAUAAAAUGUAAGAUAUGUAUGAUGAAAGAAUACAAUCACGCAAGACAAUGCAGUAUUCUGAUGCUUUUAAGAUGUGUUGUAUUUAAAAGCAUAUAUUAACUUUGAAUAAAAAUAUAUUUUGUCA